CUUUUAUCGGCAACAUGGUCCGGAAACUCAAGUUUCAUGAGCAGAAGCUCCUUCGUAAAGUCGACUUUACUACUUACAAAGGCGAUAAUGACCACAGAGAUGCUGCUGUGAUACGGCGAUAUGCUAUCCAAAAGCCCGACGACUAUCGGAAAUACAACACCCUCUGUGGUUCGCUCCGCCAACUGGCCCACCGACUCGCCAACCUCGAUCCAUCAGACCCCUUCCGUCGCAAGCACGAAGACCUGCUCCUAGAGAAACUCUUCGACAUGGGCAUCCUAGGUACCGGUGGAGGAGGCAAGGGAAAGCUUAGCGACGUCGAGCACAAAGUCACGGUAUCCGCAUUCGCGAGGCGGAGAUUACCUGUUGUUAUGACGAGGUUAAGAAUGGCGGAUACCGUGCAAGCGGCCACCAAGUUCAUUGAACAAGGACAUGUCAGAGUGGGGACCGAAGUUGUGACGGAUACGGCCUUUCUCGUGACGAGGAACAUGGAGGACUUUGUCACCUGGGUCGACUCGUCCAAGAUAAAGAGGAACAUCAUGAAAUACCGUGACAAGCUGGACGACUUCGAUCUGGCUAUGAUUUAGAAGGAAGUUUCGCCGACAUUGCAUGACACGGAGUCUGGGUAGCAGCAUUUCCGGCGCAGGGGCUCAAAUAUCGAAACCGAUGGUAUCAUGACAAACGAUUUCAACCGCAAUGCGCCGCCGAUUGACACUUUCCCAAACUUCUCCAUCUCUCACUCGUUCCCUCGCAUUCUCACUGUUUUAGGUAUUCA